AAUAUAUUAUUCUGCACACUUCACUGUGCGUUUACUGCUGAGAAUAACACCAUGACCAUAUAGCAGCGCCUCUAAAUAUUGUACCUCUGAACAAAGUUUUGGGAUGCAUUCAUAACACAACUGCAUAUUUUCUUCAAGUUCAGGGUGCUGUAUCAAGUUCUUUCUUUUUUUAAACAACAAGCCACUCGUUCUCCCUGGUUUCUUCAGAGCUUUGCGAGGAACCAAGAACUGCCCAAACUGAAAGAGGCUGAAGAAAACCAUACAGAUAAAAUGGAUGUCACACAGCUGAGCAAUGAAGAAUUGAAAGAGCAGCUUAUGAAACAUGGCGUUACACCUGGCCCUAUUGUGGCCACUACGAGGACAAUUUAUGAGAAGAAACUGCUGAAGUUGAUGGGACAGGGUCCUACUGUGCCUCCGCUCAAACAAAAUGGAACUGGAGAUGUUGACCAAUACUCAGACAGUGAAGAGGAAGAUGACUUCCCUCCUGAGGGCUCCACACACACCAGAAUUGAUUCUUCAAAUCAAAGACAAAGCACAAGUAAAGUCACUGCAACAGCUGUAAGUAGUACAAGCAAAUUGGAGCUAACCCAGCCGAAGGACAUGGGAGAUGUGUUGCCUCAGAUCUUUCCUGAUGAAAUGAAUUCUCCUUCGGGAAUCAAUGCAACACGACGUCGACCAAUCAAAGGAGCAGCAGGUCGACCAAUUCAGUACAAGUAUGAUGAUUUCCUGACACGUGCAACAGAGAGACCCAACUAUAAGGAGAGAAGCAGCUACUUGGUUACAAAAGAGAAAAAGCCAGUACAGCGUCUUGUACCUGUGUGGCUUCAGAUCCUGCUGUUCAUCAUUGUGUUGUUUAUCCUGUUCCUGGUCUAUCAAGCAAUGGAAAGCAAUCAAGAAAAUCCUUUUGCAUACUUCCUGGCAAAUGCAGGCAACCAAGCAGCAUCUCAGCCAGAACAGCUGGAUACUCAAGCCACACCAGAUGUUGAUUCGUAGGUGGCUCCAGAGUAGGUGCACAUGCCAAAACAGAAAUGGUUUCAGAUUUGAGUGCUUAUAAAGUAGUUAAGCAUUGUUGAACUUUACUGCUUUAAACAAAUUGAGGUUUAUGUCAUAAUAUCCAAAUAUGCCAGUUGCAUUGUGAAGAAAAGCUCAUUAAUGUCUCUGCCCUCCCCACCCCCAUGCCCCCCAAACAAAUUUAACCUAUGAGUACGCUAUUAGCUUCAUAGUGCAAGCAAACUGUGUUGUCCAGUUUAUUCAAACUGAAUUAGAAGAAACGAUAAAAUUUCCCCUCAAUUCUCCACAACCACAGAUUUUCUAAUUUGAUUGCUUCGUGAUUUCACUGUGUAUCAGUCCCAAUCACACCACAACAAAUUUAGAUUGUACUAUUUAAUAUGCAGACAUUACUGCAAAUUUCUAACAUGGUGUCUCGUCAUUUAAUUUUGGCUAGAGGGAAAACCUUGAGGCUAGAAUGGCUUUUUAAAUAAAAUGUAACUUUGAAUUUUGAAAAUGUUGAGCUUUUCGGAACUGACAUAUUUAGGGACAACAGGACUAUAUAUAAUUUACUGGCUUAUUAUGUACUCUUAAACAUGUAGUGAUUUCUUUUAGUGUUCUGGGUUAAAUUAUAAUCAAAACUUUAGAAUAAUAUUUCAAGUUUUUUUUUAAACCAGCAAAUUGAAACAAUUUGUCAAAUCUAUUGGUAGAAUUUUUUUAACUGGGUUUAUUUCAAAUGUCUUGGAAGUCAGUUCUCCCAAUUAAAUAAACAGCUAAACUAUUGAAUAA